AUGGAUGACAGGAAAGCGCUGAUUGCCGCAGUCGGUGAGGCGGCGGCAGCAGCGCCUGCUGGAGAAGGCGAGGAGGGCUCAGCAACGCGAUAUGAGAGUCUCCUGGUCUUUGUCAAGCGCCAUUCCUCGAGGAGCGAUGACCUGAACCUCGGGGAGGUGUUCCAGACCAUGUCAAAGAAGGAACACAAUUGGGUGUGGACCCAGGUCCUGGAGGCCGUGGCGCCGAUCGUCGAACAGGGAAGGUUCUUGUCGUCCCAGGAAGAGGAAGAGAGUGACGACGAGGAAGAAGGGGAGGAGGAGGAGAACAGCACCAGAGAAGCAAAGAGAGAAGGCACUACGCCUGAGCGGCCGUCUACCCCGGAGAGCGCCGGAGCCCAGACGAUGCCGCGCCGGCCACGUCGGGGAGCGGCCGACAGCGGCGGCGACGGUGGCGGGAGGGGCGGCGGAAGCUCCGGCGACAAGAACGCGAAGAAGAACAACCAAGCAAGCGUUUCACUUGCGAUGGAGGUGCUUUACGCCUCAGCGACGCUUGCCCAUGAGUUCCUGGCCGACAAAGAGCGCGUCGCGCCGCGGGCGCUGGUAGACACGGCGGUGUACCUGCACGACAUCGUACUGUCGCUGCAGGGGCUGCAAGGGGAGGCUCUCCGGAGGGUCAUCGCCAAGGUGUGCGAGAUGUGGUGGACGCAGGACCGGCCCGGGGCGGAGCACCUGGUGGUGCACCUGAUACCGGUGAUGCUCGUCCGAUCCCUUAGCCCGGACGCCAAGGAGGCGGACGUGAAGAGGAUGCACGGGUUGAAGGGAGCGCUGCUGCUCCUCGACUUCGAGGACGAGAGCAGCGACAGCCUCAGGGCGCUGCUACUCAGGACGUUCAUGUCCCCGGUGUACCUCAAGUGUUCCGAGGGUAAACGCCUCCUUGCUUCGUUCUUCGGCCUGCACCCGUCGCUCGUGUCCGAGAUUCACGCCGUCAUGAAGGCGCAGAUGCCUGGGGCCAAGAAGGCCGUGCUCGCCGCCUACGGGGAGGUGUACUUUCGAGUGUGGAGAGGGACGGAGGGACAGUACCUGGAGAAGGUGGAGAUGCUCUGCCUGCAGGACCUGAUGCAUGCAUGCAUUCACGCCUCUACGCCAAAGAUGCACCAGAACAUCCUCAUCGUCCUGGAAGGGCUGCAUUCGCAGAAGAAGGUGAAAGGGGUGGACGCUGAUCUCCUCCGGCUGUAUGGUCCGGUCAUGUGGAGGUCUCUCCGCGUCGCCAACCCCUCCGUUCGCGCACAGGCCUGCCAGGUGCUCGUGGACGCCUUCCCUCUGCAAGACCCCUCCGCAGGCGCGGCUUCCUACGACGCCACCCUGCAGCAGCAGUUCGUCGCUCUCACCGAUCUGCUUGAAGACGCACACCCCCAAGUCAGGGCUGUCGCCGGCAAGGGCGCGUGCCGUGUCCUGAGCGUGUUCUGGGAGAUGGUGCCGCUAGACACGACCAGAGCGCUGCUUACGAGGGUGGUGGGGCGGCUGGCCAGCGACGGGUCCUCUCCGGCCGUGAGGCUCGCUGCCGUGGAAGGGCUGUCCGUGCUGCUGGAGUGCCCCGCCAGCCACGCCGUGCUCAAGUCCAUGCUGCCUGGUGUCCAGAACCUCAUCCACGACACGAACAAGAAGGUGCGCACGGCGUUCGUGAAGCUGCUGCUGGUGGUGAAGGGGGUGAAGUCCAUCAAGUACUACCAGGUGGCGACGGUGGACCACAUCCUCGCACGUCUGUCCGAAGAUGACGCCAAGUGUCCCGCUUCCGCCUCGGGACUGUCAAAGCUCAUCCUCAACUCCUACUUCCCGACGGGAUCUGGAGUGACCGGAUCAUUCCAGGUCUCGCGGUGCCUGACGCUGCUGUCGCAAGACGAGGGAGCAGCCGUGGCGUUCUUCUCCCGCCUGCACCAGAACGCCGGGGUGCCCUCGUCCGCCAAGAUGAUCGCGAUGCUCGUGCGCUGCAUCCUCGUGGUCGCUCGCGCUUCUGCUGCUGCUUCUGACGACGACGAAGAGGAGGAGGAUGAGGAGGAGAAGAAGAAGGUCGACCGUAAGGGCAAGAGGAAGGGGGUGGAGGAGGGAGGGGGUCAGCGCGGCGCGAAAGGAGGCAACAAGACGGGGUUGACUCUGAAGGCGUCCGACUCCAAGACCAUGUCAGGCAUCCUGAACCUAAUCGCGAGUAUCUGGGAGAGCAUCCUGCCCGCGCUUGAGAAGACCAUCAAUGAGCCUUCGCUCGACCUCAUCCAGCAGACGGUGACAGGCGAGGCGUUGUCGAUCCUGUAUAGGCGUUUUUCCGGUCAGGACGAGUGCCGGGCGGCAUUCAUGCGAGUGGCGGGGCUCGCGGGCGGAGAUCUAGCCCCCGGUAUGCUGGAGGACGUCGUGGUUGAGAUGCUCGCCCUGCCCGCGGAUGCGCCGCCCUCUGCGUACGGGCCCACCGUCGACCUGCUGUGCUCGUGGGGGCAGCACGAGCACCUGGUGGGAGCGGUCGUGGAGAGCCUGAGGAAGGCGUUUUCCGUACCUGUGAAAACGACGACGGCGACGGCCACCGACGAGGAGGCUGGCAGCGGCGAGAUUGCUGACGGAAAAGGGAAAAGUUCACGCGGAAAGCGCCGUCGACCCGCCUCUCGCAAGGAAGGAAAUCACGACGAAGGAGGAGGAGGAGGAGGAGGAGGAGGGACGUGCAUCCCCGCUCCCCUGGCCUUGAACAUGCUCGGCCACCUGCUGGCGGGAGGCGAGGGUCACCCGUCGACGGGGGCGGCCCGCGAUGCCAUCAUGGCGAGCGAUGAAGCGGUCGGCAGCUUGGAGGCGGUACUGGUCUUGGCACGCUCAGCCGCAACCACUCGCCUUUCGUCCUCAUCGGCAUCCACCUCUUCCUCCCUCACCACCACCGUCACCACCGCUACCGCUACCGCUACCGCUAAACGUGAGGACGAAGAGAGAGUGUCCCUCCGCCGCCGUUGCCCCGACGCCCUCCUCGUCCGCGCCCUGGAGGCCCUGGGGCGGGUCUACAUGCACAGGGAGGCGGCGGUCGUUGGGGACGACAGCGGCAACCCCCCCACUGCUGCUGCUGACGAGGGCUCCGCGGCGGCGGGAGAGGACGUGUCGAUGCUGCUGCAGCCCAUGCCGUUCUCUGUGAAGAUGCGCGAGCUCAUGGUGUGGGCGACGAACACGGUGCUCCCGGUCCUUGUCGGCGGUGGCGGUGGCGGUGCUGCUGCUGUGGAGAUGGUCGAGGAGGGAGGCACCCCGGUCAAGCCGGGCAGUGCGAGGCUGGUGGCAGAGUCCCCCUCGCCCAUGCCCCCUCCGAGGUCAAGAGCACGCGCUAGCCUAGACAACGACGGUGGGGAUGCUAGCAGUGCGGCCGCCGUUCGUGCUCUGGCGGGAGGCGUUUUCGGAGUGGUGGUCCUGCUGGCGUCGGAGUGGGUGGAGGUAGGCUCUGGGCUGGCGGAGAUCAGCAUGAGGGCUGACACCUGGGGCAACCGGCUCUUGGCCUCCCUCCUUCAGGUGCUCAUGAGGUGCGCCGAUCGCCGGGUUUCCAUGAGCGAGGAGGCUCUGUUCGUGGGGGAGGAGGAAAGGAGCAAGGCGACGUGUGUCCAGAGUUUCCUGGCAGCGUCGGUGGCCCUGGAGGGGAGGAAGGACGGCAUGUCUUCGCUCGUGGAGCGACUGAUGGCCUUCAUGUUCACCCAGGCCUUCAUUUCGGACGAAGAUGACGAGCAAGGCGGAGCCGAAGAGAUCACCGACAAAGGACCAAGCAUCGACGGCCUCACGCGGCUCGAGGUACGCGCCAUGCAAGACGCCGAGUCCGACGAACCUCCCGGGUGUCUGCUGCUGCAGCUCUCGAGGCCCGCGGCGGCGGUGUUGGAGAGCGUCCUCCGCUCCUCGCCGGCUUCCAAGGCGGCGGGAGCGUUGGUUCUGUCUCACCUGGCCGCCUUCGGGGAUGCCUCCGGGGCAGGGGAGGACGCGUCGUGGCCGCUCUUCUGCGCUCACGUCCUCGUCGCCCUCAUCGAGAACGCCCCGGCCAAGACGCGCCUGCAGCUGGCCGCGGACGCCCACGCGGGGCUCAGGUCGGCGGCCGCCUCGACGUCGACCUUGUCGUCGCCCUUCUCCUUCUCCGAGGGCAACAAGAGCGGUGCGGUAGUGUCACCAGCGGGUGCCGACGCUCCGGAGGAGGAGGAAGGGGUUUCCACGAGGAAGGCUGCGGCGUUCGCGGUGGGGGCGAUCUAUGGGCGGCUGGAGGCUGCCCGGCGGGCGGCGGUGACGGGGGUUGAAGGAGAGGCGCAGGGGGUGGCGAUGGUGGGCGCUGCAGCGGCGGUGGCUGUUUCGGCUUGA